UUUCGUCAAAUCCAAUUAAAGCACACGGGUUUAUCACGCAAUCUUCCGUUCGUUUCCCGUGCUCUCACCCAAACCCCCAAAUUUGAAGAACGCCCACCCGCCUUCUUCCUUCCUGAAGCUGCACUACCGCUUGAAGCCUAAUCAAUUCAAGAAUUUUCCCCAUUAAUCACCAAUUUCAAUGGCCUAUGUAGAUCAUGCCUUUUCUAUAUCAGAUGAAGACAUCAUGAUGGACUCUGAUUCUGCUUACACCGUACACAACCGACCUCCGGUCAAGGAGAUCGCUCUCGCCAUCUCGCUUCUUGUCUUCGGCAUCGUCGGCAUCAUCUCCGGCAUCUUCAUGGCUAUCAAUCAUGUUGGCGGCGACACGGGCCACGGGCUGUUUUUUGCGAUAUUGGGGGCGGUGUUGUUCAUUCCUGGGUUCUACUACACACGGAUUGCUUACUACGCUUACAAGGGUUACAAAGAUAAUCUCUGUUGGAAGGAAUAUGAUUGUCAAUUUUCAUUCCUAGCCAUGGCCCAUUGGUUCACGGAUUCUUUGGAAUACUUUUUUGGACCAACAUUAAAAUCGCACUUAUACAAUAUUCUUUCUAUGUAA